AAACAAAAGAGAGUAUAGUGCAACUUCCAAAAGGAGAAGCAAAUCUCCAACUCCCAACACCCCAAUUUGAAACACAAAAUUUGUUUUGUCUUCCCUCUCUGUUACACCUUUUAGCUUCCUUCUAAACCUCUAACUCUCAAAUCUCAUAAUCAAUUUUACCAUAAAUAAUUCAAUUGUAUUUCAUUCAUUCAUAAAAUCAGAAAAUCAAUAAAACAAAAAUUCCAUUUUUCCUUUUUUUCUUAAUUUGUUUUUCAAUGCCUUCAUCUCCAAAAUCUUUCAAAGCAUGGCCAUCUUCAGUCUACUCCCGGAGAUCAACGGUCCUGAUUCUCUGUUCCCUUAUCGGUUUAGCUGGAUUUGUAUUCGGUUUUAUUGCAAUUUCCAAGCAGAAUUUGGGGUAUAAAUGUAAAUAUACUGAACCAAAAUCUGUUUCAGUUGUAUGGGAUAGAAAAACUGUUACUACAGAUAAUGGAGUUUUAGAUGAAGGGCAAAAUAGGCAUAAAGUUAUGGGCUUUGUUGGGAUUCAAACCGGGUUCGGGUCAUCGGGUCGUCGUCGGGCUAUGAGAAACACUUGGUUUCCUUCUGAUCAGCAAGGACUACAAAAGUUGGAAGAAGCUACUGGCUUGGUUUUUAAAUUUGUAAUUGGUAGAACAAAUGAUGAAUCCAAAAUGGCAGAGCUUAGGAAAGAGGUAGCACAAUAUGACGAUUUUUUACAAUUAGACAUUGAAGAAGAGUAUAGUAAGCUCCCAUACAAAACCAUAGCUUUUUUCAAAGCUUCCUAUGCACUUUAUGACUCUGAAUUUUAUGUUAAAGCUGAUGACGACAUAUAUUUGCGGCCAGAUCGCCUUUCACUGCUCUUGGCCAAAGAACGCCCUCACUCACAAACAUACCUUGGAUGCAUGAAAAAAGGUCCAGUUUUCACUGACCCCAAGCUCAAAUGGUAUGAACCACUUGGAUAUAUGCUUGGGAAGGAGUAUUUUCUCCAUGCUUACGGUCCUAUUUAUGCUCUUUCUGCUGACGUUGUUAUGAGUUUGGUUGCUCUCAGGAACAACAGUUUCCGAAUGUUUAGCAAUGAAGAUGUUACAAUUGGUUCCUGGAUGCUUGCGAUGAAUGUUAACCAUGAGGAUAAUCGACAACUAUGUGAACCAGUGUGUACCCCUUCAUCCAUUGCUGUGUGGGACAUUCCCAAGUGUUCAGGGUUGUGUUACCCUGAGAAGAAAAUGUUGGAACUUCAUGCAAAAGAUGCCUGCUCGAAGAGUCCUACUCUGCCAUCAGAUGAGGAGGAUUAACGUUCAUUGCCAUCAAACCCAGUAAACGGGCAGAUUGUUUACAGAUUGAUUCAUUCCUUUUGGUUAAUGAGCUCAGUCAAUGUCGCUGCUGGAAAUCACCUCUGCUAAAUGUGACGUGCAUUUUGUAACUUACCCGUGCGACAGUAUUUGAAGGAACAUACUGUUCUACCGGUUGUUGUAGCAUUUCGAGAUCAGAGUUUUUGUUGCAAUAGGAGAUUUAUGGGAGACUUUGCGGCGUAGUUUAUAGGAGCAAGAGAUUACCUUAGUUCUCCUGUUGAGUACAUUACUGUGUUUGAGCACUGUGGAGGAGAAGAUAGUAGUAUUCAUUAUCUAUGAAGAAUCUUGAGGUUUUUCGGAAUUCAUAUGUAAAGUAUGUGAUGAUUGUUUCUAGCAAACAGUAUCAUGAAAAGAUACAUAUAUAGUUUUUGGUCUUUCAGAAGAAAUACAUUUGUAUCAUAGAUAAAGUUCGUGUACACUCCAUCCUCUCUUAACGCCCCUCCUACAUUUGGGUAUGUUGCUAUAUAUUUGCAAUGAAUGGGUAAAAUGUACCUCAUUGAAGUC